GAUAAAUUAAAGUUUAUUUCUCAAUCAGACGCCGAUCAAAAUGAAGUUAAUGGAUCAUACUUUGCUGUUUGAUCAGUGGAGUUGAGUAUUCACGCUCAUAGAAUAGGAAGGAUAUCCGCUUGCUGAUCCACUCUUCUUUCAAACUAUGGGGACAGUCACUAUAACCUAGUCGAGCCUACGGUCACCUUUAUCACCCCAAUCUGGCCUCGUAUACCGACUUGCUAACUGUUGACUGUCGUGCGUCUCAAAUGGCAAUGGAUCUAAGUUCACAAGACCUCGCUGAAUCGGAGUCCACAUCUGAUGUGGGCUGACUCAGAGAGAGCCGGUGAAGCGCGCUUUCCGGCCAGCCCCAUUUGGACAGUUACCCUGGUAACGGAAAAAUAAACAAGGAAGCAUGACGUCCUUUGCACGAGCCGAAGAGGAGAGGAUAUUUCUAGAACGUUGCUAUCGACUGUAUGAACGAGUAGAAAGAGUUAAAGUAGCGCGAGUGGACAACAAGACGCCAAAGUGCAUGUUUGGAAGCUACCUGGGAAAACAAAAUGAAUUACGUAAACAGCUUAUGUCGGCCGGUUCACCAGCCACGGGUUCGUCCGAAGCUCCCGGAUAUUGGAACUUGUCUGAGUUCACUUCAUCUGAAGAUGCCACAAUAGAGCAGAGGAUAGAACGUUUCCUCAUACUCACUAAUUACAAACGGACUCCAUUUUCCCCAAAGAAACGAUUCCCAUAUCUACGAAAAGCUCAUAAAAUAGAGCCUUCGCAACCACUAUCUUUAGACGUGAUGGACCUUCAUGCCUCCGCCUUCACAACGUCAUACCCCCGAAUCGUUCGGCGGGUCCCUGCAGCGGAAUCGAAGUUACGUAAGAUGCCAUUGUUUUAUCAGAAAGCUAGCAUCUCCAGUGAAGAACCCUCGGCUUCGGCAGAGACCCUUGAGCAUACAGAAGCGCGAGGUCAUGAAGGAACCUUUCAUGAAGGUCAUGAAGGAAUGUCUACGGCAUCUACAAGCUCCCAAUCGUCGAGUGAUGGAGGAUCAUCGGCUUCGGCAAGCGGUUCAUCAACUUCGUCAAAAGCUGAUGACCACGAUAACAGUAGGUCAGAUGACAGUUCUGACAAUGUUUCUGCAAAUGGCAGUCAAGCAUCUCAUUAUUCGAUAGCUCGAAAAUCAGUUUCAUCAAAAUCAUCAUCAAUGUCGUCGAAGUCUUCGGACCGUCACCAAGCUGCACAGGGAGCAAAGCCAUCCACUGCCAGUACAGUUUCAACAGUUAGCUCAUCCUUAACAGUUAAAAAGUCACAAGAGAUUCCAGCGGAAUCGGUGUCUACGGUGAGCAGUGAAAAGCGGUCACGCUCCUCAAAAGUCAAUCAUCCGGGGGAUAAAAAGUCUGUUGCCCUACGAAUUUGCGCAGAGGAGGGGCUGUCUAUGUCUCUUUCAAGCCUCGUUCCUAUCGUAUCCGAAGUGCAGGCUACAGUUUCGCCUUCGGUGGAGCCAGACGUGGAGGCUUGUGACGAAGUAUCCGAUGCCGAUACGACACACGAUGUCCCUCCGAUGGAGUCGGAAAACAGCGUGCUUAACGAAGAGUCUAAUGCAUACGUGGACUUCUUAAACGACGUCACGGAUGUCAUUUUAGGUAUGGGCGUAUUCUCGCCAUCAGCAAUACAGGCAGCUAUUGACGCGGCGCUUGCGACUAACGUGUAUGGAGAUGUCGAUCGCGAACGAGCGCAGGUGCUUGUCGAACAGUUGUUUGCUUAGGGCGCAAUUAAACGAAGUGAAGUGGGCAGCUAGGAAAAUAAUCUUUUGGAUUUGUCACUAUUCUGUUUUUAUUAUACCAUGUGUAAUUUGAUAAAACAUUUCGUGGUCGGAGGGUUAAAACGCAACGAUAGAUUUAAUUUCAAUAAGGAUGUAGCGAAUGCUUGAAUUUUGAACCGUUCCCUAAGUGUGAGCACAGCUAGAAUGACCAUACAUCAAGCGAAUGAGUGCAAUUUACACUAAGUAUUAGUGAACGUGCGUAAGAGUACCAAAAUUAGAAAUAGAUCUUAUUUCAUGGGAGAGUCUCGUGCUAAGUAGCAUUACUAACUUUAAAUUGUAACAGCUAUUAUGAACUCAUAUGUACCUAACAAGUCGUCUGGCUUUACCUGUAUGAGACCAGGAACGCAAGUCACACUGCCAUGGAGUUGAUGAAGCAAUUAAGUUGGUUGAUUAUAUUCUGUAAUAAAUGGUAUUCUACUGUAGGUGUAUAUUGUGACAAAUCAACAAAACAGUGACAUUUGUACUGAUUCUGAGUUUUUCACAGAGAUACUUGAAAAAACCAAAAAAGCAGA